AGUGCAUAGAGAAGAGUUCUCUAAACAAACCAAAAGCUUUAAAGUCUCACUUAUCAAAUAUUAUUGCCUCAGUUUAUUUUUAGUGAAGAAGGAAAGAUGUCAAACACAGCUGAUCAAGUCAUUCGUUGCAAAGCUGCUGUGGCAUGGGAGGCAGGGAAGCCACUGGUGAUAGAAGAAGUGGAGGUGGCGCCACCUCAGAAGAUGGAGGUUCGUGUGAAGAUCCUCUAUACCUCUCUCUGCCACACUGAUGUUUACUUCUGGGAAGCCAAGGGUCAAAACCCCGUGUUUCCUCGAAUCCUCGGCCACGAGGCAGGAGGGAUUGUGGAGAGUGUUGGAGAGGGAGUGACUGAUCUUGCACCAGGCGAUCAUGUCCUUCCAGUCUUUACAGGGGAAUGCAAAGAAUGUGCUCACUGUAAAUCUGAAGAGAGCAACAUGUGUGAUCUCCUGAGGAUCAACCCAGACAGGGGAGUGAUGAUCCAUGAUCAAAAAUCGAGAUUCUCAAUCAAUGGCAAACCAAUUUUCCAUUUUGUUGGAACAUCCACCUUCAGCGAGUACACGGUUGUCCACGUUGGUUGUCUUGCCAAGAUUGACCCCCUCGCUCCUCUCGACAAAGUUUGUGUUCUAAGUUGUGGAAUCUCCACAGGAUUUGGUGCCACUGUGAAUGUUGCCAAGCCAACAAAGGGCUCAACUGUGGCUGUCUUUGGAUUGGGAGCUGUAGGCCUAGCUGCUGCAGAAGGGGCCAAAGUGUCUGGUGCUUCAAGGGUUAUCGGUGUGGAUUUGAAUUCUAACAGAUAUGAACAAGCAAAGAAGUUUGGUGUAACAGAGUUUGUGAACCCCAAAGACUACAACAAACCAGUUCAAGAGGUGAUUGCUGAGAUGACCAAUGGAGGAGUGGACAGAAGCGUCGAAUGUACUGGAAGCACUGAAGCCAUGAUCUCGGCAUUUGAAUGUGUCCAUGAUGGCUGGGGUGUUGCUGUUCUUGUGGGAGUCCCUCACAAAGAUGCUGUGUUCAGGACACACCCUGUGAAUUUCCUAAAUGAGAGGACCCUUAAGGGCACCAUGUUCGGAAAUUACAAACCCCGGUCUGACAUUCCCUCUGUUGUUGAAAAAUACAUGAACAAAAAACUUGAACUGGAAAAGUUCAUCACUCAUCAAGUCCCAUUCUCGGAGAUCAACAAGGCCUUCGAUUACCUGCUAAAAGAAGAAAGCAUUCGAUGCAUCAUCAAAAUGGAGGAAUAGAAAGACACAAAAUCCUAUGCUUCAAUCGUUUGUGAAAUGUUAAUAAAAGUUGUUGCCCGGGUGUUUUUUUGUGCUUAUAUAUAUGUAACAAUCAAAUUUUCCACAUUGAUUUUUCAUUU